AGUUUUAUGAUUUGGUGCAAGGACGUCGUUGACAUAACACUUGUUGAACAUCGCAGAAGACAUUUCUGCUGGGAAGUGAUAAGCAGUUCAGCGCGUUGCUGCAGGACAAAUUGUUGAGCAACCGAUUGUCUCACUGUUGAUGUUGCACUUUUUACGCACCGUGAAUGAACGAGUAAUUUGGUCGGUUGUUUGUGCGUACGUUUCGAUUCGAGUGAGUUAACUCACAUCGAACGGAUAAAGUUCCGGACUUUGGGCUCAACAUCCAAUAGUGAUGUGAAACUGAAAACGAACAGUGUGGAAGCUAUUUGUGCAGAAUAAAGUUUCAAAGGUAACAAUUAACCAGAGUAGACCAGAAACAACAGAGGCACGUUGGAGAAUAAAGGUGUUUGAUUUCCGACGGGAGUGGUUCGCGGUUCCUAGCCAAAACACAGACAAUACAAAAAGGUGUGCUUUGUUGGAAAUCCGCACCGGAAGGUAUACUAUUUAACACGUCUUAAAUUUCGCGGUUCACAAAUUUUAAUGCCGCUGGAUAAUUGGAGAAGUUUACGAGUUUGAAAUUUGAGUUCAGUGAGUGUAAAUUAUAUUGUAGUUGUAUUCAGCGAAAACGCCAAUAGAGAAGUGUCUAUGCAAUCAGUAAGUUCAGUAUAGUUAACGCAACGGUGUGAUUUUUCGUAUUUUGUGACAAGCAAGCAGAAGUGAUUUUCCCGCCGACGGAAACCAGAUAUCUUAUUUUCGUGGCACUUUUGCAAUCUACAUAAAUUGAUAAACAACAUGAAGGCCACCUUGUGGAUGUGGUCACUCGUGACAACGCUUCUGUAUGUCAGUCAACAGAUAUCAGCCGAGCCGUACACUGAUUUGCGGAUUUUACAGCCACAAGACAAUAGUUUGGUUGGUCCUGCCAAACGAACGAAGCCUUCGCUUUCGAUAGUGAACCCGCUGGAUGUCCUGCGACAACGAAUCAUUCUCGAGAUGGCUCGGAGGCAGAUGCGAGAAAACACCAGACAGGUUGAACGUAAUAAAGUCCUUUUGCGCGAGAUUGGGAAGCGAAGUCACCGCGAGUUUCCCCCGAACGUGGAGGAGAGCGCACUGGUUUCCAGCCGGACUCAUUCCAACUCGUUUCCCUAUCCGCAUCGUUACGAACUAUCACCAGAACGACGGCUUGACAGCGAGGACUACGAUUUGGAAUCGUCGGCGGAACGGAAGGCUACCGUAAGCAGAGCAAACAAUCACAGCCGCAGUCGUGGUAGCGGAGACGACUUUGACGAACACAAAUCAAUUAGCAGUACCAGUCUCAGCAAUAAUGAUGGCAGCGGGGUGCUCACAUUGAUGCAGGAACAACGCCAAUUAGAGCAGCAGCAAGAGCUACAAGGUGCGGAAAAUGCUUUGAAUAAGGAUGGUUUCCAUUCACAAGAACUAAAAUUCUCUCCGGAUAACCGACUGUUACAACCGAUUAGGAUUCUGAAUGAACAACGUGAUGAAGACGAGUAUUACGACAGCAACAAUCUGCUUAAGGACACGGAGAAAUCACAUCGACGGCAGCUGCAAGGGCAUCAGCCAAAUGAUAAGCUGAAAAGUGGGGAUUAUCGGCUAAGCUACUUAUUCAACAUCCAGGAUAAGCUAUUUGGUUAAAGAUCAACCCCGAAUAGAAUACAAGGAAACCGCAAGAUCCGUACAGUGUAAUCACAAUGGAGCAAUCAUACUAAUUUUAACGCCUCUUCCUCGUCAGUUUCUGUAGAAGGUGGAGAUUCCUUUCUAUAACCAAUUCCGGCUAUGGCUCACUUCAAUGGAUGAUGUGCUGCUGUGCACGUUUUGUCGCUCUUCCAUCGUACAAAUCGCAACGCAACUGACAAGCUUCCUUGGCUGGCUUCGCAACAAAAUAUAAAGUGUUAUGUUGCAAUCGCUGCUCUCAGCAUGAUGAGAAACGAAAUCGACCUAUUAGUUCCGUGUUACAGUUAAGAUUGAAGGAAUGUCCAUUAAACUACAAUAAAAGUGAAGGAAUAUACCACAUUGUAAUCACCCAUCGACCAUAUGAAAAAUAAAGAAAAGAAACCUGUUUGAUAUGAGGAGCUGAAUGUUUCAGAACCGAAUUCAGAACUGUAUAUUAAAUGUUGAAGAAGUUGUCUUUAUGAAUAAAUGAGGCGCAUAAUGAGAAUCAAAUCGAUAUAAAAAGUUAAUCUCCAAAAACCUGACUGACUAAGUUGGCUGCUAUGAAUUUGUUUUGCUGUGUAUUUCUGAUCUCAGCAGAAACCGAGAGAUAAUAAGAUGUUGGAAUUUUAACUAGAAGUUAAAGUAAUUAAAUCGAAACACAAAUAUUUUUGCAUGUUUUCUCGGUAGCACAAAGAUCCAUGAUUAUCCUAACGUAGAAAGAAAACCAGCACAAUUACUUAAAGAACGAAACUGGAACUUGCCGGCACUAUCAUAACCCCGUUCUCACUAUGGCUUUUUUAAACACGUAUACACAUGAAAUCAUUAUAAUAAUACUAGUAGUGCAGAAAAUCUGAAGUACCAAAAAUGGUUGGAACAAACAAUGGUUCGUUUCUUCGAAGGUAAAGGUUACUAAAAGUUGCAAAAUAAAAAUGCAGUGAAAAAAAACAAUGACGAAAAUCUAUCUGUAUAAUAAAAAUGAUUCCCAAUGUUUGCGUGAAAACAGCUUGAGAAUGACAUUAUUCCAAAUAAAUAUAAAUUUUACCUUAUAUAACCUAAUUGUACUUGUUGGAAACUUGUGACAGCUGAAAAUGUGCUACAAUGGCAAGGUAACUGUGAAACAAAACUAGUGCAGCUGAUUCUGGAAUGUAUAUACAAGUAAACUAUUGAAAAGUAAUAAAGUAUUUAAUUUUUAAGAGCAAAA